CGGAGUCAGACCUCAGCCGACGGCGUCGAGGAAAAAUACAACCCCAUUCGGUCGACAAGCAGCCGACGGCGGCGAGCGAGCAGAAAGAAUUAUAGAGAGAAGAAAGCCGUCGAUUCACCCGAGUGGAGAGAGAUUGUGUGCGCUUUCGCCAAUUCCACUCCACAUGCAAAAUGGUUGACAGUCUAUGAAGUGAGAAAAAUGCUUCCCAGCUCUGAAACUAAACCAUAUUAACACAAAUUUCAAAAGAAAUGGGGGUUAUAGAAGAUGGUUCGAUUUCGGGCGUCCUACCCAGUGGCAGAGAGGCAUUUGUAGUUCAUUACCCUGGUUAUCCUUCUUCUGUUGAUCGUGCAAUCGAAACUCUGGGAGGAAUGCAACAGAUUCUCAAGGCUCGUGCUGAGAAGCCAAACAAGUUGGAGCUGUAUUUUCGUCCUGAAGAUCCAUAUUCACAUCCAGUUUCUGGGGAACUUCGGCCCUGCACCAAAUUCCUAUUGAAAUUUUCAAAAAAGAAACUUAAGGACACGAAAAAUGUUAUGAACCAUUUUGGACAUACCUCAGCAGAUCCUCUUCAUCGGAAUGAAGAUAUUUUAAUUUCCCAAACAACUGACAAUACAGAAAAUAUCGCCCAGCUCAACUGUGAAUCUUUGUUGGGUUCAUCAGAAGCCAAAUCACAAAUAAACAAUGGACCUCAAGAGCAGCUUUGUGCUGAUGUUGUCGCAAGGGUAUCUGAGGAAUACCACUUCAAUGGAAUGGUGGAUUAUCAGCAUGUUCUUGCUGUUCAUGCCAAUGCAACCCGAAGAAAGAAAAGAAACUUCACGGAUAUGGAACCUGAAUCAGGCGAUCCAGUGGAUGUUGAUCAGGAUGAUUUUAUGAUUUUAGUCCCACCACUCUUUUCAUUGAAGAGUCAACCACAAAAAAUGAUAUUAAAACCUUCUGGUGAGCUGAGUUUGCCAAAGAGACAAGACACAGUUGUCCGCAAGCAUUCAGAGUUGGAGAUAGACCAAUGUUUUGCCAUUGACUUCAACAUCAAAGAGAUUCCAAAGAAAGUGGAUUGGGAAAAAUCCAUAGCCAGGGAUUCAGAUCUAUGGAAAUGGCAGACAAUUGUGUGUGAAUUGUUUGACGAACGUCCAGUAUGGGUAAAACAUUCGUUAGCUGAACAUUUACUUGACCGAGGUGUGAAUGUCAGUGAGAGAGUUCUCAAAAGACUUCUUUUUCUGACGGCAUAUUAUUUCUCAAAUGGGCCAUUCAUGCGGUUCUGGAUAAGAAAAGGAUACGAUCCCCGCAAGGAUCCUGAAUCUCGCAUAUACCAGAGGACAGACUUUCGAGUACCGCCUCCAAUAAGAAACUAUUGUGAUACCAACCUGAUGUCUGGAUUGAAGUGCAGGUGGAAGGAUAUUUGCGAUUUUCGAGUUUUCCCUCGUAAAGCACAAAUUUUGUUGCAAUUCUUUGAACUCGAUGAUGACUAUAUUCAACAAGAAAUCAGAAAACCUGCCAGUCAUGAAAUCUGCACUCUGCAAACAGGUUGGUUCACGUCCCAGAUUCUUGACAUCUUGCGAUUGCGUGUUGCUCUGAGGUUUCUGUCAGUAUAUCCUGAGACUGGCGCACAAUCCUUGUUGAGAUCUGUUACUAAUCGUUUUGAGAGAUUGAAGAUACUGCACCUUACUAUGAAGGAUAAGAAGGCGAAAGAAGCUGAUAAAGAUGUUUUAGAAACUAAAGAUAAGGAAACUAAUGAUGAAGUUGAAGUUGAAGUCGAAGAUGAAGAUGAUGAGGAAGACGAAAUGGAAGAUGAAAAUCUUGGUGAGGAUGUGGAUAUAGAUGAGGUGCUCGAUAUGGCGGAUCCAGAUAGGGACUUCUUCCUUCCAGAUAUACAUAUAGAAAAUGAUAACAUCUCAAAGGACUAUCUACAAGAUCUUUUUGGUAGUUUUCCCUUUGGUUCUGCAGGGGGCAACGAAAUGCAGGACGACCCCUAUGACGAAGAAUACCAAAUUUAUGAUCAAGACAGUGAUGGCAACUUAUCCAAUGAUGAGGAUUAGUCAAAUAUUGAACGAGAUGGGGCUUUUUUAUGGUGUGAGACUGUGAGCUUAUAUUGUUUUACUUCACAACAUACAUCCUUAUCUCUACGAAUUUUAGUACUCCAUCAAAUAGUAGCAUCCUUAUCUCUGCUUUGCAUUAGUUUAUAUUGUUUAAAUUUCAAUAUCAAAUUGCUUAUCUUCGCUAAACUAUGAAAGGUACCACCAAAUAACCUUUUUUUAUUCCGUUUUGUUUGCAAAGUAUCUUGCGCUUCUGACAAUGGGUCUAACUAGUGUUUGCCAAAGCCGAGUUCCAUGUUUUUACAUGUAAACAUACUGUCAGAUGAAAACAGUUUACUCAUUCCAAUUUCAUGUAUAUGACACUCUUUCAAGUUUUUAAUGGUGAAUAUGUAUGUGUACGUCUUCAACUUCUCAAAUACUUCUCUGCAUGUGCUGUGAUUAGAAUUGCUGAAAAGCCCGGAAUACAUAUGAUGUUAAUUCCAGGUCUUGAGUUCGAUCUGCUUUGGGCUUUUUCUCAUCUCCGGACUAUGAUGGCAGGCUAUGGCUCAUGGAGACGGAGUGAAACUGCAUGAUUCAUUAGGUUAGGCUGAAGUUGAAAGGUAUGUUGUUUUUUGGUAGGAAAUGCAGUUUUAGAUCAAGUAGGAAAAUUUAUUUAGCUUCAAAUGUAUAUGGGGUUGUCAAUGCUAGUUGAACUGUUGAAGUAUAACAAAGUUAUGUACUGUAUAAAAUAUGCAGUAAUUUUUUAGAAGAUAAAUAUAUUGCAUUUUUUCAAAA